GAAACGAUUUUCUUCAGUUAAUGAUGGAUACAGUAAAAGAUGAUGAGGAUAAAAAGUCUCAAACUGUUCAUGAGAAGGAAGAUCUGACAGAAAACUAUGGAAAAGAAGAGGACCAUGAGCAAGUAUUGAAAACCUUCGGUGACAAAAAAUUAUCCAGCGUUGAGCUGGUUGCGCAAAGUAUUCUUUUCCUCCUUGCUGGAUACGAUACCACAGCAUCUACAUUGUCAUUCGCUUCUUAUCUAUUAGCAAUCAAUCCAGAUGUCCAAGACAAGUUGUUUUCUGAGAUCAGUGACACCUUAAGUUCUACAAGUGGAGAAUUGAAUUACGAAGCCCUGCAAAGUAUGAAGUAUCUUGAUUGUGUCAUCUCGGAAACUCUACGUUUAUAUCCUCCAGCCACUAGACUGGAAAGAACCGCAGAUGAAGAUUAUGAGCUGGGCGUUAUGGGAAUAACAAUACCGAAAGGUAUGCUGGUAACCAUUCCAUCAAUUGCUUUGCAUAAAGAUCCGAAAUAUUUUCCAGAUCCAGAAAAAUUCAAUCCUGAUCGUUUUAGUCCCCAAGAACGAGGAAAGAGAGAUAUUUAUGUGUACAUGCCAUUUGGGUCUGGUCCGAGGAAUUGUGUCGGCAUGAGGUUUGCUCUACUGGAGGUCAAGGUUUGCCUUGCGUUCAUUGUGAGCUACUUCAGAAUCAAGAAGUGCCCUGAAACUAAGGUUCCCUUGGAAUUUUUUCCUGGACAGCAACUUUUACAACCUAAAAGCAUUAAAGUUCAAAUGGAAUUCAGAGAAGACAGCAUCAAAGCAAGAUAAAUCCUCAAAUGCCGCAUGUAAACUUCGCAAAAAUAAAAACUUAACUGUAAUUAUAUGAGUAUGUAAAGAUGUUUAAAAACUUGCUAUUUGUGUACAGACAAAAUAUUUACCUUUGUGUGGUAAAUGAUAUGCACAUAAACAUUGCAAUACAAAAACUAACAGGGUUUUUUUUUUUUUUUUUUUUUUUUUUUAGCGUUUGGAGAUGUUGUUACGGUUUGUCUUAUUGUUUUUGUUAUCCGUGUUUUUGCCCUUUACGUUGGAAACAGAAGAUAUACGUUGCAACCUCGACACGCGGUUGAACUAAUAAAAAUGCAUUUUUACCUGAUAUAUCGUUACCACAAUAUUUAGUUUUUGAAUACCUACCUCACUUCAAAAACCUACUAUUGUGUGAAAUUAAAUAAAAUUAAAAUUUAUAUCUAUAAUUAAAUAUAUUUUAUCAUUAUUUUUCGUAACUUAAUUUACGUUUCAUAUUACGAGUACGUUUUAAGCUAUAAUUUGUCAGUUGUUUAUUAUCAUGGUUAUACAACACUACAUAACUUAAAAAAUCUUGAUCAUUUGCAAAGUCGUGUAACA